UGAAGAUGAUUAACAAUUAACUAGAUUGUCAUUAAUCAAUUAGCUUUGCUUUUAAGAGCGUUAAUUUUUGGUUAUCAUUUUGAUGACCGAAAAAAUUUUCCUUUCAAAAUGUUACCGUUGAUUAUUUUUCUUACAUUUUUGAUUAACUCUAAUUGUUAUGAUCCAAUUGGAUCUUUUGGAUUCGGUGGACCUGAAAACCAACAAGGUCAAAGUUGCCAAUUUUUGAAAAACGGACAAUUUUAUCGUGGACCUUGUAACAAUCAGAAACCUGGUUAUGGUUCUGGUUACGGGGAAGUCGAUUCUUUCGGCUCAGGAUAUCAACCUAAUCGACCGCCAAAGAGAGGUGGCGGUGGUGCGAUAACUUAUCCUGGUCCAAGUUCUGGAGGUUAUGGUGGACAUGAGAAAGUUGACCCGGACUUCGGGAGUCAGGGUGGUUUUGGUAAACCAGGUUAUGGGGAAGGUGGUGGUGGAUAUAAACCUGGUUAUGAGAGUGGCUCAGGUUUUGUAAGCAAGCCUGGUGGUGGAUUCGGCGGUGGUAAUAAACCUGGACAUAAUAAGCCGGGUGGGUUUGGUAAGCCAAUAGGUGGUGGUCAUGGAGGUGAUGGUGGUUAUGGUCAAUCAGGCAGUGGAUUUGGUAAGCCAGUUGGAGGUGGUUAUGGAAAUGGUGGAGGUUAUGGUCAACAAGGGGGUGGAUUUGUUAAGCCGAUUCGAGGUAGUGGAAGUGGUAAUCGUAAGCCUGGUUAUGGAGGUGAAGUUGAUUUAAAACCAGAGGUUGGAUUUGAGAAGGAGACAUUCGGAGGGGAAGGAUUUGGCGGUGGAGUGAAACCUGGACAGUCUGGUUAUCGUCCAGGUCAUGGUAAACCAGGGGUUAAUCCUCAGCCUGAUUAUGAAGUUGAUGGUGGUUAUGGUAAACCUCCUAAUGUCGGUGGUGGUAGUGGUGGUUAUGGAGGUGGGAAUCGACCAGGAUAUGGUGGUAAUGGUUUUAAACCAUCCAAACCCGGUGGCUUUGGUAAACCAAUUGGAGGUGGUCACGGAGGUGAUGGUGGUUAUGGUCAAUCAGGCAGUGGAUUUGGUAAGCCAGUAGGAGGUGGUUAUGGAAAUGGUGGAGGUUUUGGUCAACAAGGGGGUGGAUUUGGUAAACCACCGGGAAUCGGCGGGGGACAUGGGGGUUUUGGUAAACCCACACAAGGUGGUGGUUUUAAAGGCGGUCCAUUAAAACCCUGUACAACCAACGAUGGACUUCAGGGUGUUUGCUCACCUUUAGCUCAAUGUUUCUAUCAGUUUGAUGAUUUAUCAGAUUUCCAAGAAAAUUAUUGUGAAAAAAUCUCAAAAGUACCGACAGUUUGUUGUCCAGUUGAAGGUCAUCGCCAAAGUAAAAUCGGACCAAUUCCCAUUCGAAUACCGAAAGAAUAUCAUUACAGUAAAGUAGAAAUUCCACCGAUCAGUAUUGACGAUAUCGAAAAUGCCGCUCGGGAGAGUAAACAAAUCGUAAAGAACAAUUUAGAACUAGAAGUUCAACUUGUUCGUAAAGGACUAAUUCAAACUCCAAAUUCAAUGGAAGCCUAUCAUCAGGCCUUUUUCGGUGGACCCGAUCCGUUCACUCGAAUAACGACCAAAAAUGGACUAAUUGCUUUAGAGACAACAAUUCAACUCGCUAAAAGAUUUGGAUUGAAUAAAUAUGAAGCUCGUGAUGGAUUAAAACAAUAUUCGUUGUUUGAAACCUCGAUUCGUGACAAUUGUCCUAAAGAACCAGCUUGUAGGAAGGACAAAUAUCGAACCAUUGAUGGAUCAUGUAACAAUUUAGAGCACCCGCUUUGGGGUAUGUCACAUACUUCCUUUAUUAGGAUCGUUCCCCCCGAUUAUGCCGAUGGACUUAACGAACUGAGGAAAGCGGGAGAUGGGUCAGUGUUACCUGGAGCUCGAGAAGUGUCCAUUACUUUAGCUACCGAUGUCGAUUUACCUGAUGUUAAAUUUGCUCUGUUUGUUAUGCAAUGGGGACAAUUUAUUGAUCAUGAUUUGACCUUAACAGCAUCGACUCGAAUUGACUCUGAUCGAGGUGAAGGAAUCAUUUGUUGUAGAGAAGAGUUUGCUCGAAAUCCAAGUAUUCGUCAUCCCGCUUGUAGGCCAAUUUCUCUACCUCAUGAUGAUCCGUUCUUUUCAAAGUUUGAUCAUCAUUGUACCAAUUUUGUUCGUAACUCACCUUCACCUCGACCUGGAUGUUUCCUUGGACCUCGAGAACAAAGUAACACUCUAACUCAUUACAUCGACGGUUCAAUGGUCUAUGGAUCAACGGAAGAUCGAGCUGCCCAUUUAAGAUCAUUUGUAAAAGGAAAACUACGAAAUUCAAUAAUAAACGGAGUUGAAUAUCUUCCAUUUGAUUCGCAAAACAGGUCAGAUGAAUGCGCUAUUCCAGCUCAUCGACAAUUACAAUGUUUCGUCGGUGGUGAUGUUCGAGUAAAUGAACAAACCGGAUUAACCAUAAUCCAUAUGUUACUCUUACGUGAACAUAAUCGUAUUGCCGAUAAACUUUCCUACCUUAAUCCCUCUUGGAAUGAUGAGAUUAUCUAUCAAGAGGCUCGACGAAUAGUGGCCGCCGUUAUUCAGCACAUUACCUACAACGAAUGGAUGCCGUUAAUCAUUGGAAGACGAGUAAUGAAAGAGUUUAAUUUACUAUUAAAACCUUCCGGUUAUUCAUUUGAUUACGAUCCAAAUCUUAAUGGUGGCAUUUUAAACGCCUUUGCAACGGCCGCUUAUCGUUUCCACACCCUAAUCCAAGGGGUCUACAAAUUAAUGAACAAUUUCGGUAAAAUAACCAAUAAAUUACAACUUCGAAACCUAUUCAACAAUCCGGAAUCCGUUUAUCAACGUGGUGUAUUUGAUGAAUUUUUAAAUUGUCUCACUGGUCAACCAACUCAAACCUUUGAUCAAUUUUUUUCUCAAGAGUUAACAAAUCACUUGUUCCAAGAGCACGAUCGACAAUUCGGAAUGGACCUGAUUUCUUUGAACAUUCAACGUGGACGCGAUCACGGGCUACCUGGUUACAAUGAAUUCAGAAAGGCUUGUGGUCAACCUCCGAUCAGAUCAUUCCAACAAUUAGCUCAAGUCAUGAGACAAGGAUCAGCUGAAAGGAUGUCCAAACUUUACAAAUCGGUUGAUGAUAUUGAUCUGUUCAUUGCUGGAAAUCACGAGAAACCUUUACCCGGGGCCGUUGUUGGUCCGACCUUUGCUUGUAUCCUCGCUGAACAAGCUCGUCGAUCUAAAAUCGGUGACAGAUUUUGGUACGAAAAUGGUGAUAUGAUUCAUUCAUUUAACAAAGAACAAUUGGACGAGAUUCGUAAAUCAAGUUUAGCUGCAAUUAUCUGCGCUAAUUCUGAUGGUAUUGAGGCCAUGCAAUCAUUAGCUUUCCUUCAACCCUCUGAAUUAAAUCCAAAAAUUCCUUGUCAAGAAAUACCACAAAUUAAUUUCGAUUUUUGGGUCAAUGAGAAUGCACGAAAAGGAUAAUUUCUCAUCAAAUCAUUUGAUUCUCUCUGUCACAAUUAACUAAUAAUAUUAAUUAAUAUUAAUUACUUUGAUUUCUUUUUAAAAGCUCCAACUGUAAUUUCCUUGUUGAUCAUUUUUCAGAUUUACUUUCAAUAUUAAUCAAAAUAAAUUUCUCAUUUUAUCUAAUA